AUGGUCAACUCCUGUUGUGGCUCUGUCUGCUCUGAGGAGGGCUGUGGCCAAGGCUGCUGCCAGCCCAGCUGCUGCAGACCCAGCUGCUGCCAGCCCAGCUGCUGUGUGUCCAGCUGCUGCAGACCCCAGUGCUGCCAGUCUGUGUGCUGCCAGCCCACCUGCUGUCGCCCCAGCUGCUGCAGGCUCAGCUGCUGCCGCCCCACCUGUUGCAUUUCUAGCUGCUGUAGGCCUUCCUGCUGCCGCCCCAGCUGCUGUGUGUCUAGCUGUUGCAGGCCCAGCUGCUGCCAGUCUGUGUGCUGCAGGCCCACCUGUUGUGUGUCCAGCUGUUGCAGGCCUUCCUGCUGCAGGCCCAGCUGCUGUGUGUCCAGCUGUUGUAGGCCCAGCUGCUGCCAGUCUGUUUGCUGCAGGCCCACCCGCUGUGUGUCCAGCUGUUGCAGGCCCACCUGCUGUGUGUCCAGCUGUUGCAGGCCCAGCUGCUGUGUGUCCAGCUGUUGCAGACCUACCUGCUGCAGGCCCACCUGCUGCUACCCCAGCUGCUGUGGUGGUUCUUGUUGCUGA